ACUAGGCGAGGUUUCCUUUCUGCAUCUCCUUUGGCCUCCCUUUCGAUGCUUCCUUCUUCUCUUUCUCACAUAUGGGCACAGCACCUCGUGGCUCCAUUCCCUGUAAUGGCAAUCAUGAUGAUGAUGACUGCAACCAUCUUCCGCCCAAAUCCCUCUCCCUUCACUCCCAUAGCUAUCCCUGUCUUCACCACCAGUGCGUCACCACCAUUAGAGCUCACGCUUGCUACGUCGCUACCCUCGCUGUUCAUGGGACGUCCGUCUACAGCGGCGGCUCCGACCAAGAGAUCAGAGUCUGGCCAUCUGUUCUUUUAGACUCGUCGUCCACAGCGAGGACUGAUCAUCCUGCGAGCUUCACUGUGGCUCAAACAGAGAGCCCGGUGAAAUCGCUUCUUGUGUCAGGUGACAACCUGUUCAGCUCUCACCAAGACGGCGAGAUCCGCGUGUGGCAGAUAACCCAGAGGGAGCAGCGCUGCUACAAGCUGAAAGCAGUUUUGCCGACCUCCAUGGACCGGUUUUUGAGCUUCCUGUCGCCCAAGAACUAUGUGCAGGUCCGCAGACACAAGAAGUGCUCCUGGGUGCACCACGUUGACGCCGUCUCCGGCCUCGCGCUCUCGCACGACGGCGCGCUCCUCUACUCCAUCUCCUGGGACCGCACUCUAAAGGUGUGGCGCACCUCCGGGUUCAGGUGCAUAGAGUCCGUCGCGGGCGCCCACCAGGACGCCAUCAACGCUAUCGCGGUGUCGCGGAACGGCCACGUCUAUACGGGCUCGGCCGACGCCAAGAUCAACGUGUGGAGGAGGAGUGGCGAGGAGGGGAAGCACUCGCUGGUGCAGACGCUGGAGCGGCACCGGUCGGCGGUGAACGCGCUGGCGCUGAGCGCCGACGACCGAGUGCUGUACUCGGGAGCGUCCGACCGCUCCGUGGUGGUGUGGGAAGGGGGCAGCGGGGGGAUGGCGGCCACCGGGGAGCUCAGGGGACACAGGAGGGCCAUCCUGUGCCUUGUGGCGGCCGGGGACGUGGUCUGCAGCGGCUCGGCGGAUAGGACGGUGAGGGUGUGGAGGAGAGGACGAGAGCAGAAGGGGCGCCACUGCUGCUUGGCCGUAAUGGAAGGCCACGGAGGGCCGGUCAAGAGCUUGGCGAUGGUGGUGCUGGAAAGCAGCAGCAGCAGCAGUAGCAGUACAUGCCUGGUUCUCAGUGGAGGUUUGGACUGUGAUCUAAAGCUGUGGAGACUCUCAGUUCCUUCUCUCUCUUAGGAGGACACCUCCCUGGCUUUGGAAGUACAGCUUCUCUUAGAUCGAAGAUGAUACUCCAUCGUCCUCCCCACGGGAUGCUUGACCACGUUCAUGGCCAUGCCUGGCCACAGUCAAAAAAGGGUUUACGGCCAUCUACCAUUGGCUUGGCCACAGUUCAAAGUAAUACUAAUUGAACGAACUGAACCUUUAAGGCCACAUGUUAUCCAGAAACCACGUAACAUAGAUGAUAGGAGAUGAUUAAAUGGCCGAGUUCUAUCACUAUAGUACCUUUAUGAGGAGCAUAUCAACAAGGAUUAGUUGUACUGUCACUUCAUCAUCACUGUGUCACACCCUUCAUGGUUUAUUUUAUGUGAUGCAUAUGUAUUGCAAAAGUAGGCCCAAAUGAUGAAUCAAUUAUGUCUGAUAUAUAUAUAUAUAUAUAUAUAUAGAGAGAGAGAGAGAGAGAGAGAGAGAGAGAGAGAGAGUAGAUUGUUUUCUUUAAAGUAAGAUAGAUUGAAUCAAAACAAUUGAGAUUUAUCGAAUCAAACAAACUAAAAUCGAAUAAUCUGAUCAGACUAAUCAAUUUAUAAUUUUUAAAACUGCAAAUAUCCAAGAAAGCCUGAUGUCCAAAGUUUUAUGAUACUAACAGAUGCACUCUUAAAGCUCACUACAGAAUACAAAGGCCUCACAUCAAGUUGAGGCACAAUAUGAAUGAUAAAUUUGGAAUUUAAUCUGUGAAGACCUUCUACACCCACAACUUUAAACCUAAGUUCUAAGCAUACCUCCAUAAUGGAAUGUCCAUUAACCAA